AUGGUGAUGGCGAGGUUGCUCAGCAUCACGCUCGUCCUGCUCGUUGCACCAGUGUCCUUAGCACAGCCUACUGUCGCGGGGGAGUUCUUGGAGAAGAAACCAACACAAGUUGUGGCACAAGAUCCUCCCUCCACGACGAGGCUUGAUCCAGCAGUCGCCACGGAAGUGGCUCCCUCGUCACAUGCGACCCCAGCAGCGCAACAACAGCAGGAGUUGAAGGAGUCCCCAGUGGCUCCUGCUCUAACCGUCACCGUCUCAGCGCGGUCCACACAAGGAGCCGCGCGUCCAGAACAAGCCUUUGUGCUCGAGGUGCCAUUGGCCAUGCCUCCGAAGGAGGCAGCGGCGAAUCCUGCUGCGGCUUCGACAGCCACGGCACCAGCCUCCACAAAAACAGCACUUCCAGAGAAGGUACCUCCAGCCACAGCGGUGGCAACUUCAACGCCCGCUACUGCGGACACGGUGCCUCCGCCUGUCAAGGAGCAAGCCUACUCUGCGCAGACUUGGAAUCCAUGGCGGGUGUGGCAAGAGCUGAGCGCUCUCGAGUCCCUGCUUGCUGGUCUAACGUUUGCCAGCAUGGUGAAAGCGAUGUGCAUGGCUGGAAAUAUCCUCGUGCAAAUCAGCCCCUACCCCCAGGUGCAACGUUGGGAGCUUCGAGGCAGCACUGGGGAGUCGGAUGCAGCGCCAUAUGUUUCGAUUGCCUUCGGUGGCUGGCAGUGGUGCUACUAUGGCUUCUUUGCGUACUUCAUCACCUCUCGCAGUGGCUUUCUGAUCCUUGUACAUUCCAACUUCUUAGGGGCCAUUUUGGGGUCAUACUACAUCAUCACCUACUUCCGCAACUGCAAGAAUCCGGAGAUGCUCCAGAACUUGCAGAAGUAUCUGGCUGCAGUUGUUGCCCUGAUCCUGCUUCAAGUUUGCGCGCUCACAACGCUUCCUGUUGAGCGUGCUCUUUUCAUGACUGGUCUGGUAUCAUCUUUCUGCAGCUUCGUUGGGGCCAUUUCCAUGCUCUUCUGCCUGCCAGCAGUGAUCCGUGCGAAAGACAGCAGGGCCAUUCCUGGACCGCUGGUUGGGGCUAACUUUGCAAGCGCAGUGGUUUGGUGCAUUUGUGGCUUGAUGCUCUCAGAUCCCAUGAUCGCUGCACCCAACGUCGUGUGCUGCCUGUCGUCCCUUCUGUGCUUGUACCUGAAGAUGGUGUACCCGCAUCCCGACGAGAGUGCGCAGGAUGAAGUAGACGUGCCACGGCCGAUCAAACAGAGGGGCUGGAAGCAGCUUGGGUUCCCGGAACCAACAGAAGCGACGCCGCUGGCUGACUCCUCCAGAGUGGCAGAGUUCCUGAAGCCACCAUUCGGCACUGAUGCAGGAGUGCCCCUGGAGGGUCUCAAAGAGUACUGGCGUCAAAACAUCGUCCGAAAUCAGGAUACUCAAAGCUACUUCUUGAAGAAUGAGCUCUCGCGACUCUUUGAGCGAGUGGGCGUGGAAAUGCGCAGCCCGGAGGAACAGCUGCUGGCACAAGGCCGUGAAUGGAUUGAGCGAAACUCUGAUCGUCUCGCACAGUACAGGAGCCAGACGGAACCCCAAUUCCAGGACACCAGGAGUUUUCGCGAUUUCCGCCGGAGAGAUCGGUUGGACGCGCGAUUCGGCGUGGAGUGGCAAACAGCAGAGGUUCUGGAAGUGAACUGGGAGGAGAUGACUGUGCUGGUUCAGACCACUCAGCCGAACUCCGUCAACUCUCCGAGCCCAAAGUCGCAGCGAGAGUGGAUCCCAAUGGAGUCGGAGAGGCUCGCCGAGUUCGAGACGAAGAGCCAGCAGGCGGAGCACGAGGCCGAGCCAGCUCCACUCUUGGCUCGCUCGGUGAGCACUGGCGGCGUGUGCCCGCGUCCUGGGGCCUGCGGCCUUCAGAAUCUGGGAAACACGUGCUUCAUCAACUCCAUGUUGCAGUGCCUCUCAAAUUCUACAGAUCUUCGGUCGUUUUUUGCCGGCACUUCAGGCAAUCCUCCAGCCUUUGUCAACCAGAUCAGCACCUCGCCACUCUCCACAGAGGGUCGCAUUGCGAGGGAGUUUUCGCAACUUCUUCGCCUGAUGUGGUCCAACGAGAAACGGAGCGUGGCCCCCGCGGCACUGAAGAAGCUCAUAGGCCAGAAGAGGCCCGAGUUCAGCGGCUAUCAGCAGCAUGAUGCUCAAGAGCUCUUGUGCUUCCUCCUGGAUGCGCUGCAUGAAGACGUGAAUCGAGCUCCGUAUCCGUUUCCGCCUGCAGCCGAAGAAGAGGAGGAUUCCACCAAACCAGAGGAAGAGCGGGCUAGGGAGAUGUGGGAACAGCACAAAAGGCGUAGCGAUUCGGAGAUUGUGGACCUGUUCCAGUUCCAGAUCCGCUCCGAGCUGGAAUGUCCAGAAUGCCACAACGUGAGCGUCACUUUUGACCCCAUCAUGUACCUUACGCUGCCUGUGCCGAAACCUCCGCACUCGGUGAGUGUGACGGUGGUGCCUGCAGACUACCCCCUUGCACCUUUGCAAACCAUCGAUCUGGAGGUUGCGGAGACUGCUACGAUGGAAGAGAUGGAAAGUGCGCUUUGGACUGCCUUGGGUCGGACUCCCACGAUUCCCUCGUGCUUUUGCUUUGGAGAUGUCUGCUAUGGACGAAUCUACAAGCACUUCAACCCACAUGAUCUGGUCAGCACAAUCCGACCAAUGGACAACGUCCACGCAUUUGAGGUACAGCUCAGCCAAGAUGUCAGCCCUGCGGAUCAUCAUUUCGUAGACGUGGUGGUCAGGAAGAGGGGCAAGGCCACAACAAUGGCUGCUGGAUCUGCUUGGCAGUAUGACAAGUUCGACACGCCGCGGCUACUCGCCGUCACGCGCAAUGCACAAAACUCAGAUGUACAUCACCAACUAACGAAGAUGGCCGAGCACAUGCUGAGUGCUUGCAACGUUCCUCCACCCUGGUCUUUCGAGAUCUCAGCAGAGUUGGAUCCAAGCGGCAUGAGGGGCGGAGAUCUCCUGCCGGACAGAGAUACGCCCUUCCGGUCUGGUCCACGACCUCCUCAGACUUUGGGGAUUGACUUCGUUCAGGCGAAGCAAGCAGACAUGCUCAAAGAGGCAUUGCCCAAGCCACCGCCAAAUGGCAAAGGAUCAAAGGGAGCUGGUGGUGGCACCACACUCAUCUCCUGUCUGAAGAAAGGUAUGGAGAGAGAAAUCCUUGCCGAAGCAGACAGUGUGUACUGCCGGAAGUGCAAAGAGUUCCGGCGCCAAAGCAAGAAACUGGACGUGUGGUCUCUACCUCCUUUGCUGAUUGUUCAUCUGAAACGCUUCGGCCGGGAAAGGCUUGAUGGCCCUUUGGUCAAGCUGCGGUGCGCAGUGGAUUUCGAGCCACAGCUGGAUCUGCAGGAGUUCAUGCGUGGAUCCAGCUGCACGAGCACGAGAUUUCAGCUGUAUGGAGUCGUGAACCAUCAUGGCAACGUCGGCGGAGGGCACUACACAGCACAUGCAGUCGUGACAUCACCGGCUCCAGAUCCGCUUGACCAAGGCGAGUGGUACAACUUCAAUGACUCCUUGGUCGAGAAGGCAAGCCUUGCUGAUCUGGACAAGGAGGCUGCAUACGUCCUGUUCUACCACCGCAUCGAUUCCUGA